AUGUACUCAAAACUCAAUUCAGAUGAACGUAUAGAACAAUAUGAAAUGGUGGAUCAAAGUCAUCGACGAUCCACCUCUGGCAACGAAGAAGAUGCUUUAGGAGAAGAGCUCCCUUCUAAGCUGUCCACCGAUUCUCGAUCAUCAGACUUUUUAGAUGACAUUGAAAACUGUGCAUUAAGAACUGGUGAAACAAAGGACGAUUUUAAUAGUGACCCAUUCUAUCAAUCUAUUUUACGAAAGUAUCGAAAACAGGGCUUUCCUUUAAAGUAUUGCAGUAUUGUUGGAAUGGUGUGUUUGAUCUUAUGGAUAGGUGGUAUUGUGGCCUAUUCUCAUCAAAGUCCUUCACAACUAAUAUCGAACACCAAAUGGCAAACAAACGUGCAUUUGGGUGGCCUAAACGUUACCCUAGCAAAGUACGAUCCACGCCUGAAGAAUCUCACGUUUGAUGGUUGGAGGAAUGGUGAUUAUUUGACCUAUGAAGAAGAAGUACAUUGGUUAAAUGAGAAACAAUCACCGCAAGAUAAAAGAGGAGGUUAUUACUUGACGUCAACUCUGCAUUCAUUUUUGAUUAGGCAGGCUAAUAGUGAAUAUGAGGCUGUAUUUCUACCGUCAAAAAAAUUCGCUUAUCAGAAUAAUUUUUUCAAUAUUGAAGAAGUGGCUUUGAAUCCCACAAAUCCUAUUGAUCAACUCAACAAUAUUCAUCUUAUCAAAACUGACACUUUGAAACAAUGGAGACACCUGUCAUUUGCCUUAUAUUGGCUUUACAAUCCCCAACUUUCAAUGUACACACCUAUUCAGCCACCAGUGAAAAGCAGUGGCCAGAAGAGCACAUCAAAAUUGUCCGGUUCACGCUUGGAGAAGUUGCAUUUUGCUGAAUUCUCUCCCGAUGGUAAAUUUGUCUUGUUUGCCUUUGAGCAUAAUAUAUAUAUCCAGAACGUAUCUGACAAUAAAGCCCAGCAAAUCACCACUGACGGGUCACGACAUAUCUUUAAUGGGAAGCCUGAUUGGGUUUAUGAAGAGGAGGUAGUUGCAACUGAUCGCAUGGUUUGGUGGUCGCCUGACUCGAAACAUUUUGUGUUCACAAAGAUUAACGAUACUCAAAUCAAGGACGUUGAUAUUGAUUACUAUGUCAAGAUAAAUACUGAGGUGGGUAUGCAAUACGACCAAUCAAGUGAUAAAAGGUAUCAACAGGUGGAUCAAUACCCAAUCAAAAGCUCACUUUUAUACCCCAAACCCGGGACACAGAACCCUAUACCUUCAUUUUAUGUGUACCAUAUGGAUGAGCGAAAACUUGAAGCUUUGCAGGACAAAGAUGACAGUUUGGGAAGAGAUUUUGUGGUGUAUCAAGCUAGCUGGAUUGAUGAAAAUAAUUUUUUGGUAAAGGAAACCGAUAGAACAAGUGAAAUGCUUUCAAAGAAAUUGUUUACAUCAAGUGCAACCAGUUUGCGGUUACUAGGUUCAGUUAACGUGACGAAGUUAUAUGGCGGUUGGGUGGGGAAAAUGAAGCCAAUUACGGUAAUAGAUGGUUCAUACGUGGAUAACUACGUCGUGGAUGGUAAAAAUUAUCUAGCAUUAUUCAACAAGCCGGAUGAUGUCACGCCACUGAAGAUUUUAAACAAAUUCCAAGCCAUUAGUGAGGCAUUCUAUGACCGAGCUGAAAAUUUUCUCUACUUUCUCACCAACGAGAAAAGUGCUAUGGACUCUCACUUGGUCGGAUAUGAUCUUUCAAGGGAUAAAUAUGUUGAAAUUACUAGCUUGGGAGAGGAUGGAUACUACAUCGCUUCAUUUUCGCGAAAUGGAAGAUUUUUGAACCUCCAGUAUGAAGGACCAAACCAACCAUGGCAAAGACUAAUUGACAUGGCUGAAUUGCAUGACUCCUUAGAGGAUGCAGCCACCUUAGAGAAGGCAAUCUUACAACACCCAAUGGUUAAUCAUUUUGACGUAUCAAAGAAGCAUUUUCAAAACUUCAACUUUCCAACGGUGAUUCAUAGGCAGAUUAAAAUUUCAAAAUAUGAUAUAGCAUUAUCUGUAGAGGAAAUUUUGCCUCCUAAUUUCAACCCAGCACAAAAAUAUCCACUUUUAGUUCACGCUUAUGGUGGUCCAGGUUCACAAAAUGUGUUGAAAAAAUUUGACAUUGAUUUUUUAAAAGUGGCUAGUGCAGAGUUAAAUGCAGUGGUGCUUGUGAUUGAUCCUCGAGGAACAGGAGGAAACGACUGGAGAUUUCAAGCAUUUGCUAAUGAUAGAAUUGGUUACUGGGAGCCAAGAGAUAUCAAGUUGAUUACUUCAGAGUAUAUGCUGGCAAAUGAUUUUAUCAUCAAAGGUCUGGUUGCAUUAUGGGGAUGGUCUUACGGCGGCUUCACUACAUUGAAAACUUUGGAAUAUGAUAAUGGCCGAGUAUUCAAGUAUGGAGUUGCUAUUGCCCCAGUCACUAACUGGUUGUUUUACAACUCUAUAUACACAGAACGGUAUAUGAACCAACCAAGCAAGAACCCCAACUAUGAAAAGUAUGCCAGAGUGCGGAUUGUGGAAAAUUUCAAAAACAUUAACAGAUUCCUCCUUAUGCAUGGAUCAGCCGAUGACAAUGUACAUUUACAGAAUACCAUGUGGUUUAUUAACCAACUCAAUUCUGCAAACGUUAAAAAUUAUGAUAUGCAAAUAUUCCCGGAUAGUAAUCACAAUAUUGAUUACCAUAACGCAAAUACACUCGUAUAUGGUAAACUAUUGUCAUGGUUGCAAAACGCUUUUAGCGGAAGAUUUGACAAUAUGUUAUAG